UAAGUGUGAGAGAGCCAUGCUUCGGCAGGAAUGGCUGGCUCAACCGGAGUGAUACCACGGCCUAACACUAACAGACAACCGUCAUGAAACAACGCUUUUGUUGUUUCGUCAUGCCGGUAACGCACUUGUAACGCCUGUGGUGUUUCAGGUGUCCAUGGGCGACGCCAAUUGCAUACCAUCAGGUGAUCCGUCUGCUCGUUUACCGAUUUAUACCAUAAAAAAAUGUAUAAUAGUAUGUUUGAACGUGCUUAUCUCCGGAACUACUGGUCUGAUUGAAAUAUUUUUUUUGUGUUAGAUAGUGCAUUUAUAGAGGAAGGCUAUAGGGUACAUAACAUCACGCUGCGAUCGAUAGGAGGUGAUCAGGGCGUGUGAAAGCGUGCAGAAGUAGCAAAGAAUAAACUAACAUUACAUCAGUAUAAAUAAUAAUAACUUCAAUCUCUCUUUCAAUAAUUUAUCUAAUCAUAAAGAUAAUCCUGUUAUAGAAACAUAUAUAUUAAACAAAUCAUUAUAAAUCGUUUUAGUCCUGCUAAUUAUUCGGUCACAAUGGCACAUCAUAACUUUGAAGGCAAUAUCUCAAACGUUAAUGACUGUCAGUUGGAAUUUAUUAGAAGUGCCAUCGAAGACCUUGGGUUUAAGGAAAGCAAAGUGACAUUUGAAGCAGUUGGAGCAGCUGGAGACAAUUAUGCUGCAACAGUGAAGAGAAUAAUCAUAGAAGGAGACAACGGGAAGCUGGCGAUGAUUGCAAAGAUAGCACCAAGUAAUGAAAACAUGCGACUCCGUCUGAACGCUCCCUUCACAUUCGGCAAUGAACACAUAAUGUAUAAAAAAUUCUUACCAAAGUUGACACAACUACAGAAACAAGCAGACAUACCUGAAGAUGAAAUCCUAAAGUUUCCAAAAUGCUAUGGAUCGAAUGUUGAGGCGCCUAACGAAGUGAUUCUUCUGGAAGAUCUCAAAGAAGAUGGUUUUGUUAUGAUGGAUAGACUGAAACCCCUAUCAGAAGAAUGUGUGACCAGCGUACUGAAGAACUUGGCUGUAUUUCAUUCCCUCUCAUAUGUAUUAAAGAACAAGGAGCCAGAAACCUUCAAUUACUUCAAGGACAAUUUGAAAAAUAUGUGGGCAGCGUUAGUAAAUGCGCCUCCGGAAGACCUGGCUUCUUUGGAAUCCAUAGAACAACUUUACAUGGGUGCAGUGGAUAAUGAGGAGUAUAAGAACUUGAUAAAGCACAAAAUAUGUCAACUCGGGCCACUAAAUGCUAAAAUGUCAGUAAAAGAAGCUGCUAGUAGAUAUGCAGUCAUACAUCAUGGUGAUGCAUGGACUACAAAUUUUAUGUUCAAGUUUAAAGGUGACGAAUUGGACCAGUCAAUAUUGAUCGACUAUCAACUCUCUAAAAUCUCAAGUCCUGCAACUGAUCUCUUGUACAUGAUAUUUAACUGCACAGACAUAGAAUCCAGGAGGAAAAACUAUCACAAUUGGUUGGAUUACUAUCACCUAGAGUUAGAUAAGUCGUUGUCCAAUUAUGGUCUGAAAGCUAACCGUGUGUACUCCAGAGAGCUAUUAGAUGCUGAUUUAAAAAGAUACGGAAAAUUAGGAUUUGGGAGUUGCCUACUCGUCUCUAAUAUCAUGAUUGCAAACUCCGAGGAGGCAGCGAAAUUCAAGGACUUCUUCGAAUCGGACACGGAGGCAUUAGCAGAUAGUUUUUAUGAGAUCCACGAUGACACAGCUAUCACCAUGUUGUACAAACUGCAUAAAAGCGGGGUCCUCACUGGAUCAUUAAACUGCUACUGCCUGGCAUGUGACACCUUCUUGAUGACUCACCAAGAAGCUGACCAACAUGUAGGGACGUCUCCUCAUCAGAAGAGCCUUCUCGCAAUCCCGUACUUAGAUAAAUUUAAAGAGGAACACAUAAGAAAGUUCCAAACGGGUUACUACUGCGAGUUUUGCAACAUACUGCUCCCGACUGCUUCCAAAGUUAAUCUUCAUUUAACUGAAGACGAGCAUGUUACGAACAAGGGACUUUGCCUUCUGCUGCCAAGGGGAGGUGGUGUUGUGGCUUUUGACAACAUUUUUAUAGAAGAAAACGCAUGGCAUAGCCUUAUUGAUGGUGUUUGUUCAAUCUGCAAUGAAGAAUUUGAUGAAGGCGAGGAGCACAAAGCGUCCGCGAAACACUCUUUGAAUAUCGUCUUGAAAGAAAUUCGGUUUGGUACUGGCAAUGCCAUCUAUCGUCAGAUAGACGACACUUCUCUGCAAUGUUUAACUUGCAACAAGUUGCUGGUUCCCGAUAAGUUAACCGCACACUUCGAUGACGCUCAGCAUCGCGAACUUUAUUACAAAUGUCACAUCCUUACUAACGGAAUAGGUCACGAAACAGAAGCCAAAGCCAUAAAGGAAGAACAUCAGACAGCUGAAGGUUCACCAACUAUUGAGUUUAAAGGUGGAUUAAAACAAUCGAACAUCGACGCAAAUAAAUCCGCCGAAAGCAAAACUAAAAUACUUGAAUCGUUAACAAAGUAUCAAAGCGCAGGAAUCAAUAUUAAUUUGGAAAGAGAAACGGCUUACUGUAAAAAAUGCUCUGAAGUAGUUGAAUUCAACUGUGCAAAUAUAGAAAAGCAUAUAACUGACCAUUCCACAAACGCACCAGUUGAUACUACUUUGCAAUAUCCUUCAAAUCCGGACCAAAAUUUGAAUAGAAUCGACAUAAACGACAAGACUGCACAGCGGUCCGAAAUAAAUGAUGAAAUUGAGAGCAAAAUAAAAGCAUUGCAAGAGAAUUCAAAUGAAAAGGUUGAAUCAGACGUAGACGGAUACAGCAGCGAUGAGAUGGUUGAAAACGAAAAGGAAUAUGCAAAAAUGAAUAAAAUAACUUACAAUCAGAAUAACAAGCAGUCGUAUUGUCGAGUCUGUGAGGUUCACUUGCCGGCUAACUUGAAUUCGAUGAAGGAGCAUGUUGCAGGAGCGAAUCACAAGAAACUCUCUGGCUCCUCUCCGACACCCAAGUGCCAAAUACAAAGUCCUACAAUGCUAAUAAAGAAGAAAACUGGAGAUUUUAUUGAUUCACUUUACGAUGUCAAAAGCCUGUUCGAUAACCUUUCCAUUAUUAAUGAGGAAUACUGUGUCACCCAAAACAGUUUAGUAUUUUUGACGGCAAUCAAUUCGAGGAUGAGGUGCCUACUAUGCGAAGUGACAUUACCCCCGUUUUCUGACACAGAUGAUCAUAUUAAGACAAGAAGGCACAUCACUAAAUUCCUUGAAGUCCCAGUCAUUGUGUCGGUGGAUAACGAAUUUAUUAGAGAGAUUCAUCCGGGCUUAUACCACUGUGCGUACUGUGAGCUGGUCAUGAACGGCUGGGCAGACAUGGAAAAGCACUUGAAGUGCUCGGACCACCACGACAACAGGAGAAAAGGGGAACAACGUUUGAUUACACGUCUACCAGGUUUACAAAACUAUAAAUUAGAGAAGGCAUUUGAAGCUAUGGCCAUAAGAAGACUUUUCAACAUGUUUUAAACCAAAAUUGUCUUUUAAAAUACCUAAAUAAGUAGGUGUAUAAGACCCUAUAUAAAGAAAUCAAAAGGACAGUUAUAAUGUUAAAAAUCAAUUACAAUUAUGUCUUUAUAAUUUUAGUUGUCUUACGAUUCAUUAAAAUGGUAUCUAUGUCUCUUCUUUAGCAUUUGUUUCACCAUUACUGAUUUAUUUUCCGUAUUUAAUUGAUGCAUAUUUUCACUCGUUUCAUAUGAAAAAUAAAUGAAAAUUAUUCUCCAAUUA